AUGUCGCUCCUAUCUGCACUUGGUUCAGGACUUUUGGGCGACCUAUUUCCUGGAGUUGAGCCACCACCGCAGACUGAUGCUGUUUUCUCUGAGACUGUAGUCAAGGUGUGCAGUGACAUGGGCUUGACAGUCAACAAAGUUCUCUCGUUAAAAGCUUUACAAAUGCGAGACCUGCUUGCCAUUAGAAUGUGCAUCUUCGUCAUGGGGAGGCCAGCGUCUGGGAAAAGCACAGUGUGGAAAGUGCUUGCAAAGGCUCAAGAUGCUCUCGGAAGCAAAACCACCGUAGUCGACAUCAACCCGAAAUCAGUAAACACAGAUGAGCUUUACGGGUUUGUUAAAAUGUCAACGAGAGAAUGGCAAGACGGCAUCCUGUCAAAAACAAUGCGAUCGUUGGGACAAAUACCGGACACGUUGCCUAAAUGGAUUGUGCUGGAUGGUGAUCUAGAUGCGAACUGGAUCGAGUCUAUGAACUCUGUGAUGGACGACAACCGUAUUCUGACACUUGCUUCUAAUGAGCGCAUUCCUCUGAAACCUCAUAUGCGCAUGAUCUUCGAAAUACGAGACCUGCAAUUUGCGUCGCCAGCCACUGUUUCCAGAGCAGGAAUAAUCUUCGUUAGCGAUUCGACAGGGGAGCAGUGGAGGAGCUACGCGAGAAGCUGGCUUCAGCGUCAAUGCUGGUCUGAUGCAAUAAAAGCAGAUGUCGGGAAGCUGUUUGAAAAGUACUGCCCCUCGACGCUUGAAUUUGUUGAAAGACAAUGCAAGCUCAGUGUCCAGGUGUACAGCCUGCAAAUUGUAGCUGCCCUGUGCAAUAUGCAUCAUUACGACUCCGGCUUCUCUCAGCUCGAAGGACUCUACCAGGAGGAUCCCCAGGCACCUGAGUUUGCCUUUGUAUUUUGCCUCGUUUGGGCAGCAGGGGGCAGUCUGCAGGAAAAAGAUGGGAUCGACUAUCGCAGACAGUUUAACAACUGGUGGCGGUCGGAGUGGAAAGUGAUUAAAUUCCCCAGCAAAGGAUCUAUUUUUGAAUACUUUGUCGAUACUGCAAAAUUCGAGAGCUGGGAGUCAAAAGUACCCACUUUACAGCUCAAGGGAACAGAAGGCAUUGACAGCAUUUCGGUGCCAACAGCUGAAACCGUGUCUAUGCUGCACUUCUGCAAAACUAUAUUGAAGAUUCAUGCACCAGUUAUGUGCAUUGGUUCUGCUGGUUGCGGAAAAACCCAGCUGUGCAGAGCAGCUUUGUCAUCCCUGGAUGCAGAUGCCUUUUCAUCUUUUACGGUCAAUUUCAACUUUUACACAGAUUCCGCGCUGCUGCAGACACUUCUCGAACAGCCUCUUGAGAAGAAAGCGGGCAGGCAGUUUGGUCCACCGGGAAAGUGA